AUGGGCUCCAUCGGCGAAACAACCACCACCCUUCCGCCGGUGCCAGCGGUGGGCAAGCAAGAUGAAAGCCACGAGGGCUCAAUCCCCCGGACCGCGGAUGUUGCCAAUGGACACUCCCAUGCCCUCGAAUCAAUCACGAUACCAAUGCACAAUGUCCCAGCUUUUACGCCUAGUAAGAGACUUCGCGUCGUGACGAUAGGUGCUGGCUACUCGGGCAUGAUCUUCGCCCACAAGCUACAAUAUACUUACGCCAAAGAGUUUGCUACGCUCGUCGACCACACCAUCUUCGAGAGUAAAUCCAACGCCGGCGGCACCUGGAUCGCAAACAGCUAUCCCGGCGUGCAAUGCGACGUGCCGAGCCAUAUCUAUGUCUUUCCCUUCGCCCCGAAUCCGGAGUGGUCGCAUUUCUACUCGACCGGGCCCGAGAUCAAGGAGUAUUUCCAGAAGACGGUCGCGGAGUGGAAGCUGGAUCGAGACGUCCAAUUCAACACCACCGUCGAGCAUGCCGAAUGGAACGAGGACAAAGCCCAAUGGAAGCUCGAGGUGAGGCACAAGGACACGGGUCACCGGACAGAAUGGGCCGACGUUCUGAUCUCCGCCAGAGGUAUUCUCAGCCAUUGGAAGUGGCCGAACAUUGCAGGGCUGCAUUCGUUCAAAGGUCUCAAGGUGCACAGCGCUGGCUGGAAUCAUGAAUAUGACUACCGCAACAAAAGAAUCGGCCUGAUCGGCAACGGAAGCAGUGCCAUCCAGAUUCUGCCGGAAAUGGCCAAGCUGGAGGGCACCAAAGUGACCUGCUUCCAACGGGCGCCAACCUGGGUUGUGUCCCGACACACCCCAGCGAAGCUGGUCGGUAGUGACGACCCCAGCUACAAUCCAGAAUACCGCGAGGUGGACAAGGAGCGGUUCCGUAAUCCGGAGGAGUUGAAGAAAUACCGCAAGCUGAUCAUUGGGAAUGUCAACCGUGGGUUCCGGAUCUUUGGCAAGGGCUCAAAGCAGCAGGAGGAGAUCAAGGCCUUCGCCACCAAGCAGAUGGCGGACAAGCUCAACAACGACCCCCGACUGUGCAAGAUGCUUAUCCCGGACUUUGAGGUCGGGUGUCGCAGGAUCACCCCGGGCGCCGGCUACCUCGAGUCCUUCACACGUGACAAUGUGUACCUGACCCAGAGCCACAUUGACUACGUCGACGAAGGGGGCAUCAAGACCAAAGACGGCCAAUACUACGAGCUGGACGUGAUAAUCUGCGCGACGGGCUUUGACGUCUCCAACCGGCCGCCGUUUCCCGUCAUUGGGCGCAACGGAACCGACCUGGGAGAGAAGUGGAAAGACGAGCCUGAAUCAUACCUGUCCAUGGCCUGUCCCGAGAUGCCCAACUACUUCAUGUUCAUGGGCCCCAACGCCACCAUCGGCCACGGCUCGCUCAUCUAUAGCCUGGACUGGACGGCCGAGUGGAUGAUCCAGUGGCUGCGGAAGAUGGCGCGCGAGGACAUUGCGUCGAUCGCGCCCAAGCAGCAGGUCGUGGACGAGCUGGUGCGGUACGGCGACGAGAUCAUGAAGACGCUCACCUGGACGGGAAACUGCCGAUCAUGGUACAAGAACAACCGGGUCGACGGCCGCGUGACGGCGACGUUCGCCGGCAGCGCCAUGCUCUUCCACGACAUGGUCGCCCAGAUCCGGCCCGAGGACUUCGACAUCCGCUACCGCGCCCCCAACCGCUUCCGCUUCAUGGGCAACGGCUUCACCUCCUACGAGCUUGAGGACGGCGCCGAUCUGUCGUGGUAUGUCGAGCAGUGA